GGCGGGCCGUGCUGGACGCGGCGGGGUGGCUCCGCGGGCCGCGGGCGGGGCCAGUUGUCCCCGAGCGCCAUGGCCGCCCUGCGCGUCCUGCUGUCCCGGGCCUGCGGCCCGCUGCUCCCCACGCUCAGUUGCGCGGCGCGGCGCCCCUUCGCCUCGGGCGCUCGCUUUGAGUACAUCAUCACGGAAAAGAAGGGGAAGGACGGCAACGUGGGGUUGAUCCAACUGAACCGCCCCAAAGCACUCAACGCGCUCUGCAAUGGGCUGGUCAGGGAGCUCAACCAGGCGCUGGAGGCCUUCGAGGAGGACCCGGCCGUGGGGGCCAUCGUCCUCACAGGCGGGGACAAGGCGUUUGCAGCUGGAGCUGACAUCAAGGAGAUGCAGAACCAAAGUUUCCAGGACUGCUACUCCAGCGGAUUCCUGAGCCACUGGGACCGAGUCGCCCGGGUCAAGAAGCCGGUCAUAGCUGCUGUCAACGGCUAUGCGCUUGGUGGCGGCUGUGAACUCGCUAUGAUGUGCGACAUCAUUUAUGCUGGAGAGAAAGCCCAGUUUGGGCAGCCGGAAAUCCUCCUAGGAACCAUCCCAGGUGCAGGGGGCACCCAGAGGCUGACCCGCGCUGUCGGAAAGUCUCUGGCCAUGGAGAUGGUCCUCACUGGAGACCGGAUCUCAGCCCAGGACGCCAAGGAAGCAGGUCUCGUGAGCAAAGUCUUUCCUGUGGAGAAACUGGUCGAAGAAGCCAUCCGCUGCGCAGAAAAAAUCGCCGGCAAUUCCAAAAUCAUAUCGGCGAUGGCCAAAGAGUCCGUGAAUGCAGCUUUUGAAAUGACACUGACAGAGGGAAAUAAGUUGGAGAAGAAACUCUUCUAUUCGACCUUCGCCACCGAAGACCGGAGGGAAGGGAUGACGGCAUUUGUGGAGAAGAGAAAGGCGAACUUCAAAGACCGGUGAGAGCUGCCACCGAGACCUCCAGCCUCCGCGGAGGAGGGGACACAGUUUCAGGGGCCAAUAAACCCUCUGUCUGGAAGGGCA